GUGAAUUCUCAUUUGCAUGGAAUAAAUGGCAAACACCCACCGAUCCCCUCUUUCCAUUAGGGAAAGAAAAUCAGUUGAACCUUCUGCUCUAUGGUUAUAGUUUUAUUGUACAAAUUGGCAAUUCUCCGUCCACCCUGUUCUUAUAAAUUGCACAGUCCACCACCAGUCCUUCUACCUCCACCAAUGGGCGUGAUUGAAACUACCCCCACCGCCUUAGCCCUUUUGAUUCUCAGAAACCUGGUCACGCCUGCCCUCAUCCGUGCCCAUGAAUCUCUCGUUAAUCUUGGAGAAAAGUACAAGCUUCUUGAAUUUGUUCGCUCAUUCUUCAUUACCUGUUUUCUCAUAUUCUUAAGUUUACUUCAUUCUUUCUUGCCUUCUUUUGAUCUUAUUCGUGAUCAUAAUCACCUCCUUAUAUCCCCCAAGACUGAAAACCACGCCCUCACUUAUGAUGGCGAUUCGGGUAUUGCUCGAGCACUUCUGCAGAUCUUGUCCCUCAUUAACGAUAUCCCUGUUAGUUCUCGCAAGUAUGAACUCGUUCGAUCUUUAGCUGAGAAGCUUAUAGAGGAGAACCAGAGUGGGGAUGUUGAGGUUUUGCGUUUAGCCAACCGUACAAGUUUGUCGGCGGCUUUUGAAAGGACUCUUAGCCAGCUUGAAGGCACUAUGAUGGAACUCGGUCAUGAGCCGGUGGUGAAUGGCGGUGUUGGGUUAGGGUAUGGGCAAGUUCGGUACCAGUUGAACCGGAUUUUCAGGGCGGUUAGGUCUGUCAAAGAAGGAACACUGGGGGCCUUAGGUGGGAGGCCAACAGAGGGAGUGAAAUGGUCUGAAAAGUUGGCUGCUGAGCUGCUCUGGUUGUCUCAGAAGUUGGCUGCUUGCGGUUGCGGAGAGGAAGCUGUUUGGAGGUGGGCCUCUGCCACCAACUUGGCUUGGUUCGCUCUCUCGGCUGAGCCGCGGCUACAGAGUUCUUUGGUCAAGGUAUCAGCAUUUCUGUUCAAGCAAGCCAAAGAUUGGGGACUAGAAGAAAUAGAAGAAGGAAAACAACAACAACAAAGGCAAAUAAGGAAGAAGAUGCUGGUGGCUUGGUUGCCAUUGUUAUGCAAAGCUAGUACUGGCACCGAUGUACCUGUACUUAGCACGAGCGAAAAGGCAGAGCUAGAGAAAGUACUGGAAGAGCUCAUAGGAAUGAUGGAGCAAGAAGAGGAGCAGGAGCAAGUCUUGUCUUUGUGGCUACAACACUUCACUUGUUGCCCUUCUUCUGAUUGGCCUGAUCUCCUACCCUCUUAUGAUCGCUGGUGCACUACCGCGCGUAGGCUCCUGAUCCCCCAGUGAAAGGUUCAAGAUCUUGCGAUGGAUCUACAUAUACAUUUAAAAAAAAAUUUAGCGACGAAUCCAAAUUCCAUCACUAAUGACAUUGAUAAAUGAAGUGAUGGAUCCAUUGCUAACACUUGAAUCCAUUGCUAACACUUGAAUAAUGGACUAAAAUUCGUGGUUAAAUUAAGCUAAUUUUUUUUAAUUAAUUAUAGAUUAGUGAUAAAUUAUAGCCAUCACUAAAAAUCUUUUGCAUGAAUUCGACUUAUAUUAUUUUUGGGUCUUCAAUAAGACAAAUUCUUCUUUUCUGCU